UUAGGUUAGGUAUUUUGUUUUUGUUUAUAUUUAAAUGGUUUUUUUCCUAAUGUUGUUCGUUAAAAUACUAAAUUUUCGUUGUUUCAACGUAACAGUGAGUUCGAUAGCGAGAAAACAUUCAGCAGUAUGCAACUAUGCGGGCUCAAACAUCGAAACGCUGAAGGAAUUAUAUGUGGCAACUUGGGCUUCCAACCGGUAAAUACAGGCUCCGUGCAAUGGGGUAAGAUUGGGAGGCUGCAAAACCCUGUUUUCUUUUAUAUGGAGGAAACGGCAUGAAGAACUCAUUUAAAUGUUUUAUCAGGCUCUGCAUGAAUGAUUCCAAGUGUUAAGCAUGCAAAUCAAGGUUUCACCAAGGAAGAAAUUUUCCGAUUAAUGGAGAAUCCGGCUAUUUGGCGUAAGAAAGAAACCGAAGAUCUCAUCGACUCUUACCACCUAUACAAACGGCUUGGUUUCACCAACAGCGACUUUCUAGCCUACCCCAGUUUGCUCAUAAGCCAUCCGGUAGCAAAAUUCAACCAUUACAACAGUCUACUGGACACCGGCUGCAGCCCAAUCGAUGCGAGACUAUUAUGUAGAGCUUCGUACUAUUUCCGAAACAAAAUCGCCACACUAAAGCAAGAUGGGUAUUUGGAGCCUGAUGUCAAUGUAGCCGAUCGGCUACUGGAGUUGCUGCAGCCCCCCAGCAGCCGAUCUUCGAUUCCUCUGGAACAGAGCCUGAAGGAAAUCGAUGAGAUGAAGUGGACUGCGUUGCAUCGAACUAUUUUAACUGCAUGGUUACAAGUGCGGCUGAAGACCUCAGAAGACGAGAUAAUCAACCUGCUGCGCGUCCACAAAAUGAUAGCGAACAAGAGUUUUCGGAUCAUCAAUGAAAACAUCACUUUGGCUGAGUCCAUCGGGAUCAGCAACCGGAAGAUACUCAGAUCUGGAUACUUGCUGAACACCUAUCCAGAGUAUCCGAAGACCAUGCUCAGAGACCAUCCGAUUCUGGCCGGAGUGAACAUUGCGGCCUACUACAGAACCAACCCGAAGCUGAUGAUGAUCAACCCACGGAAAAUUUUGGAAAUUUUCAAGCUGCUGAAGGAAUACAACAUUUCGGACGAAGCCAUCCAGACGCGGCCCUCCGUGUUUACGAUGAGCCCGUUUACUCUGAAGCAGCGCCUGGAUCACAUUAAGCAAACCCCCGAGCUGCGCGUGAACUUCAACGAUUACAGAAUGUUAAACAUGGUCAUUCAUCACAAAACCAUGUCGAGUCGGCUGGGAUUUUUGAAGAAACUGAAACUCAGAUGCGCCAGCUUGAAUCACAUCGCCAAACCGGACGACAGCAAGUUUGAAGACUACAUACAAGAGGGCCGGGACAUGAAUAGAAUUUCUGAUGUUAUGGACUAUUUCAGCGCGUUGCUGAAGAAGCCCAAGGAAGAAGUUCGUGCCCGGUUGCGCAAGCAUCCCUUCUACUACUACGUGCCUUUCGUCGAUAUCCAGGCCAAUUAUGAGUAUUUGAUUCAAAUGGGGUACACCAAUGAGAAUAUUGCCAGAAGUUUGCUGGUUCUUCUUUAUCCCGGGUAUAAAAUAAAGAAAACAUUGGAAAAACUGCGUCGAGAGGCCACAUUGCGUUUCACAGACCUCCAGCAGUCCAAGCAGUUGAAUUUGGUGCUGUACUACAUUGAGAAAGAGUUCCAUUUUACUGGUAACGGAAUAUGGAGAACGGACCUUUUAGACAGUCCAGCAGAGGAAAAAACCUUGGAAUAAAACCCGACAUAAAAUAA